CACGACGAAGGAACAAUCAAGUCGAUGAGCAGACACGGAGACCGCAGGGAACUGCUUAAGGGGCCGCUUUAUUAUGCAUCAUCAAUCACUUUAGCUUGUGUCUUCUAUUGGAGGACGUCCCCUAUUGCCAUUGCAGUGAUAUGCAACCUUUGUGCUGGAGAUGGUAUGGCUGACAUUGUGGGAAGGCGGCUUGGAACAGAGAAGCUUCCUUACAACAGAAGCAAAUCGAUAGCCGGUAGCAUCGCAAUGGCGACAUCAGGGUUUACAGCUUCUGUCGUGUAAGUAACU